UUGGCUUGGUGGGUCCAGUUCAUGAACCAGGCAGGGGGAUAUAUCUGUACUAUGUUCUGUCAAGUUGAAUUUUUGACCGCAGCUGUCCUUGUUAAAAAUGUCGGCAUGUCACAGAAACUAGCGCAAGUCCUCGGCGGCUGUAUCAAUAUGAUGUUUAUGUUCAGUUCAAUUUUGCCUUCCUUUACCCUCGAUCGGAUGCAAAGGACAGUGAUGGCUGGUUGCAGUGGCCUUAGUCUAUGCAUGCUGAUGAUCUCAGCUCUUCUCUCACGAGCAAACGCUACCACCAAGCAUGCAUUCUCGUCCGGGGCUGUGCGUUCCUUUUUCUCUACAUGCUUAUCUUUGGGAUGAGCGUCAAUUGUGUGCUUUGGGUUUAUGUUCCAGAAAUCUCCCUCUAGCUGCCCGCAUGCGACGCGUGGUACAGUAAUUAGUAUCAGUUCUAAUUGGC